AAGCGCAAAUCCAUUGUAAAGCAGGACGGAGAACUUGGACCCGAGAGCACCAGUUCACAAUUCCUAACAGCUUGGCCACACUGCCUCCUUUAGGGCGUGUUGUACUUCGUGAGAAUUUAGAUUAUACUAAACAAACCAAUAGCGAAAGAAGUGUGGAGAAAAGCACUGAAGAACAUAAUGUUCCGCUCUGAGUCAGGGAAACAAAAGAGUUGAGAUUUCUAAAAGGUUAACAGCAACGUCUUUCUUAAAUAGGAGGCACUACUCCUAUCAGCGAAAGGAAAAAUGUGGCUUUUGAACAGAGACGUGAUCCACAUCAUGAAUCAAUGUGUGACGUGAGCUAUCAGCAGUUUAGAGUAAAUGUUUGAUUAACAAGUCUCUGAUCUCCAGUCUGGGCCGGUUCUUUUAUGAUUAAGAAAUGACUGUUACCCGCGGAAAGACAUUAAACUAUGUGGAUAUGAACCGGAAAAGAAAUGCAUGUACCAUGAAUUUCGUUUUGUUACUUUUCUCUUUGAUGUGGAAUGAAAAGGAAGGCGCUGCCGCAAAUGAAGAAUGCAACUUCGUGGUAAACAACACUUUGAAAAGUCCUGGAUUUCCGAAAAAUUACCCAAGUAAUGUGGACUGUACCGUUACUUUACCUAUACCAAACGAAAUGACGAUGAAAAUUACAUUCGUAUAUUUUGACGUUGAGUUCAGUCAGCCAACUUGCAGGUAUGAUUACUUGAAGAUCAAUAGUAGCAGUGGAAAUGAAGUUGGUACUUACUGUGGUCAGAAGACUGGAACUACAGUUCUUGUGGCUGGAGAAUACGUUGAAAUAGUGUUCCACUCCGACCAGAGCAAAGAAAAGGGUGGAUUCCUUUUACAGUUUGCUGUCUUUUCAAAUGGUCCACCGAGAAUAACAUCACUCGAUCCUGCAGAACCUAUAAUUCCAGGCGACCAAGUCUUGUGCUCCACCGCGGGAUCCCACCCCAUAUAUACAGCGAUAGUAAAGAUGGAUCCAUUUACUGUGCUUGUGAACACCACAGACCAGGCCAGUGUCAAAGUAUACCAUGGAGGUAACUACAGCUGCGUGGCAACGAGCAAGUAUGGUAUUGACAGAAAAGACUUCCCUGUGAUAGAUUGUGGUCCAGUGAUAAACGGAACGUUAACAAGUCCUGGAUAUCUUGAUGGCCACCCAAGGGCUAUGCAUUGUGGGUCCUCUGUUACUAUUCCGCGAGGCAUGCAGAUGCAAAUCUACUUCAUUGAUUUUGAUCUGGAAGAUAGUGAUGAUUGCAAUCGAGACUAUUUGAAUAUUACCAACGAGAAGAACCAGGGAUUUGGUGUGUAUUGUGGUCAAGGCUCUGGAAAUGAAAUAAAUGUAACUGGAACUAGCGUGUUCAUCACUUUUCACACUGAGAACGCAACUCAAAGCAGAGGGUUUAAGUUGCAUUUCAAAAGUUAUGUUGCGGAUUGUGGCUCUUUUGUAUAUAACACACUGGUGAGCCCUGGUUAUCCAAACGACUACCCAAGCAACAUGAACUGUACUUAUUCGCUUCCCAUACCAAAAAACAAGGCAUUGCACAUUACUUUUGUUUAUUUUGACUUGGAAUUCGUGAACUCCCCUUCGUUAUGUGCAAGCGACUUUGUGACGAUCAAAAAUGACAUAGGGAUGGUGGCUGGCAUUUAUUGUGGCCAGCAAAACGGCAAGAAAAUUAUUAUUGCUGGAGAAUUUGUGCAAAUAGUAUUCCACUCAAAUGAAAAUCAUCAACGACAAGGAUUUCGUUUACGCUUCUCCUUUGCUCAAAAUGGAUGUGGUGUGGUCAAUAAUAAUACACUGACCAGUCCUGGAUAUCCUGACAACUACCCGAGCGAUACAGACUGUCUGUCAUUUAUUCCUAUUCCGCAAAACACGCAAAUGAAAAUUUAUUUUGCUAAGUUUGACCUUGAGGACAGCAACCAUUGCAGCUGGGACUAUUUGAGGAUCCGUAACGAGAUGAACCACUACUUUGGUGUUUACUGUGGGGAGAAGACUGGAGAGGAGGUUCUUGUAACUGGACAAUACGCCUUCAUGGUUUUCCACUCCGACGCUUCACACGAAAAACGAGGAUUCAAAAUGCACUUUACACCUGUUCCAUUUGAUUGUGGGUCGGUGAUAAAUAAUACGCUGAGAAGUCCUGGAUAUCCAAUCGGCUACCCAAGCAAUCUAGACUGCAAUUACUCCGUUCCUAUUCCUCCAAACGCGCAAAUGCAAAUCUUGAUUAAGGAUUUAUAUUUGGAAGAUCACGCAUCGUGCAGUCAUGACUUUUUGCAGAUAAAGAGGAAAGUCAAUCAAAGGUCGGUGUUGCUUACUACAAUCUGUGGCCACAAGACCAAUUACCAGGUUCCGAUUUCUGGAGACUUUGUUCUGUUGAGGUUCCACACUGAUAACAAAAAUGAACAGAGAGGCUUUGAUAUAGAUUUUAUGUUUUUGCAAGACGAAUGUGGUUCAGUAGUGAAAAAUAGACUGAAAAGCCCUGGAUAUCCCAAAUACUACCCAAAUAAUACAGACUGUGAUUAUCUGGUUUAUAUUCCACAAGAGAUGACGAUGAAUAUUACCUUCAUCGAUUUUAAAUUAGAGGAAAGUUCAGAAUGCAGCUUUGAUUACGUAAAGAUUAUUGAUGACGAAGGAACGGUUGUUGGAAAGUUCUGUGGCGGACAAACAGGCAAGAUAUUAUUGUUGACUGGAGAAUUCUUCUCGAUAACCUUCCACUCAGACUACAAUCGAGAAGAGAGAGGAUUCCAUAUAAUAUUUACUGCUGUUCCAUUUGUUCAACCAAGGAUAACGUCAUUAGAUCUUAAAGUGCCCAUAACUCCAAACAACCAGGUGUCGUGUUUAGCCAUUGGAACCCCGCCCAUUUACACGUCGAUAGUUCAUAAGCAGACUUCUGCAGUACUGAUAAACACCACAGACUCAGCCAUUAUCAGAUUAUAUGAGGAAGGCAACUACAGCUGUAUGGCAUCAAGCAAGUAUGGCACUGACACAGCUGAGUUCGUAGUGAAAGGUUGUGGACCAGUUGUAAAUGAUACGCUGAAAAGUCCUGGUUAUCCUGAAAACUACCCGGCCAACAUGGACUGUACGUCAGCAGUUCCAAUCCCACAGGGCCAGGAGAUGGAAAUUUAUCUUAGCCAGUUUGAGCUUGAGGAUAGUCAGUUGUGCGCCCGGGACUUCUUAACUAUUACCAAUGAAGCGAACCGGGUAUUCGGUGUGUACUGCGGGCAAAAAAGUGGAGAGAAAGUUAUUGUAAAUGGAAGCUAUGCUCUGAUAAUAUUCCACUCAGACAGUGAUAUUCAAAGACGAGGAUUUUGGAUUCAUUUCUCAACUUUACCACUUUUAGAGACCACGAUAGUCCCCAAGACAGAAUCAACACAGAGAACCAUAAGUCUUCCGUCCACAGCAAUAGAAAUAAAAGUUGAUCCGUCUCAAGUGAAUGCAACGUCUUCAAGUUCCAUCAUGAUCAUAUAUAUCGUUGCUGGUGUUGCCUCUAGUUUGUUUCUGUUGCUGUGUUUGGCUCUUAGCUGCUGGUAUUACAAAUUCAAACAACGAAAGAUAAGUAGAAGAUCCGCUCUUUCUCUUCGCAAAAUCGUCAUCCUAGACAAGUGGGAGAUUCUUCCUGAACAGAUAGAAUACAAAGAAGAGUUAGGGCGAGGAGCUUUUGGUAUUGUUUAUAAAGGAACUCUGAGAAAAAGAGCUGGGAUAGAUGUGUUUCUGACUGGUAAGAAAUCCACGCCAAAAGAGGCCUCACAGGAGGUCGCUGUAAAGGUUUUACCAGAUAAUCCUCGCGAAGAGCAGAAACAAGCUUUUUUGCAUGAGAUAUCGCAAAUGAAACUGUUGGGAUCACACCCCAGCAUCGUAUCCUUGGUCGGAUGCUGCACACUGCAAGACACCAAGUUUCUGGUGAUAGAGUAUGUUCCGUAUGGUGACCUUUUGCAAUGGUUACGCAGAAAUCGGCGAUUGGUCAGCCAAAAUCAAGUUACUGAUGGAAAAGAGAAAGAAUAUGAAGACAAAGAAAUUUGCAUUUCCCUAAAACAGACCAACGAGUCUGGACAGCAGGAUUUCCAGAGUUCUCAGCACCAGGAGCAUAUAGAACUGCAAACGAUACCACCGAACCUCCAAAAAAACUGCAACGCUGCCGACACCUCGACUGAAAAUCUUGGUUAUGACGAUGAUGACGAGACAGACAGCAACAGCUUCACGGCUGACAAACUCUUUUCGUUUGCUUGGCAAAUAGCACAAGGAAUGAAUCACCUUGCAGAGAAAGACUUCGUUCAUCGUGACCUUGCAGCUCGUAAUAUCCUCGUUGGUCGAGACGGACGAGUGAAGGUUUCAGACUUUGGAUUAAUGCGCCAGGUCUACGAAGACGUGUACAGCCUGAAGAAAACAAAAAAACUACCAGUGAAGUGGAUGGCCCCCGAAUCUAUUUUUGACAGUAUUUUUUCAACCAAAAGCGACGUUUGGUCGUAUGGGAUUCUUCUUUGGGAAAUGGUCACCAUGGGUGGUGUUCCUUACCCAACGCUGACUAAUUCAGAAGUAUGCAGACUUUUGAAGACUGGCUAUAGGAUGGAGAGGCCAGACAUGUGCUCUGAUGAAGUAUAUGAACUGAUGUCCGAAUGCUGGAAGGAAGAACCAGCAACUCGGCCCAGUUUCUCCCAGCUAGUUGAAAAACUAGAACUGAUUAUCUCAAAAGACACCCCUUACAUCGACUUCAGCAAGCACGAUGAAUCCGUUUCAUCAUACUACAACAUCCCCACCUUGACAAAUGACGAAGACGGCUCAUAAGCUGCAAGUGACAGAAACCUACCACUGAGAAGAGAAAAUCAUUUGAAGCGAAAACUAGCACCUUCGUUAAAACAUGAUCAGCACAUUGAUAAUGCACCAUUAUCCAUCCUGUCUUACUUUUUAGCUUCCACAAGUUUGCGAUGGCCUCAGGUAUUCUAAAACAUACGUCAAACGCACUCCGCGGAAAUAUGUAGUUUAUGGUAGACCAACUGAGAGACAUUGAUUCUCGGUAGAAAUUUUCCCGAACAUUUAUGUUUUUUUUCUUAUUCAACACUGGAUUAGAGAAACAAAGGAGCAAUUCAAAAUUCCAGAUCGUUUUCUGCAAUAACUCUCGUGUCACGGUAAAAGUUUUCUUUCGAUGGCUUGUGAAGCAUUAGUGAGUCAAACUGAGUUCUAGAAAAGCAAAUUCCUAAUUAUGAGAAGGGCCUUUUGAUAAAUGUGCUCGAGAGGCCUCUUAGGAGAAAUAGUAAGCAGUUUAUUAUUCAAUUAAAGGAUAUCCAAGCGUCACUUCAUUGGUCGAAAUGAAAAGUACCAAUAGUUUAAACCAGUUUUGCAUGCGAUUCGGAAGUGAUUCCAAAGAGGAUAAGUGGAAACU